AUGGCGGCAGCGCUAAUGUUGAGAGAAAAUGAUAGAUUUUUUAGACGAGAACGAGUAUUUCUAGAUAGAUCUAACCCCCUAGAUAGGCCUGAUGACCUUUUAUUGAGGGCAUACAGAUUUCCGAGGCAUAAAAUAAUUGAGCUGUGCAAUGAACUUAGACCAGAUUUAGAGAAGGCAACUCUUAGGUCUCAUAGUAUUCCUGUGGAACUGCAAGUUUUGUCUGCUUUGCGUUUUUAUGCAAGUGGUAGUUUCCAGAAUGUCAUUGGGGAUGUAUUUGGAUUGAGCCAACCAAGUAUCAGCAGAUGUAUAAGUGAUGUUACAGACGCUUUAGUUAGAAGGAUAAAUCAGUACAUAAAGUUCCCAGAUGAAGCCGAAAGAAGAACGAAUAAAAGUGACUUUUACAAGAUAGCGCAUUUUCCGAAUGUAGUGGGUGUCAUUGAUGGUACUCAUAUACCAAUCAAGGCGCCCAAUGACAAUGAAUAUCAGUAUGUAACAGAAAGAAUUUUCAUUCAAUAA